AUGUUCAAAAAAAAAUUUGAGCACAAGAAUUAUAAAGAGAAGGCAUGUAGCGUUGGUUUUGAUGAAAUGUAUAUCAAAGAUUUUUUAGAAUAUUCUAAACAGUAUGAUUUUAUUGAAGGAUUUCAAGAUUUAGGAACUUACGGUAGAAUGAAUAAAUGUGCGAGCUGCGUAUUAGUGUUUUUAGCAAGUGGUAUAUAUUCUAAAUGGAAAUUUCCUGUUGCAUAUUAUCUUUCUAAUUCUGGUGUAAAAAAAGAAAUUUUAAAAGAUUUAAUUGUUGACAUUUUAAACAAACUAUUUGAUAUUGGCUUAUGCCCGAAACUCAUAGUAUGUGAUCAAGGGACAUCAAAUCAAAGUGCUUUAAAAUUGUUAAAUGUUAAUGAGACAAAUCCGUUUUUUUAUUGUGAAUAG